CUCCCAAUGCUACGGACCCCUUCUACCUUUACCAUCUCAGCAGUGCUAUGAUCACACCCUGAUGGAAUGCUAUUGAAAUUAACCAUGUUAAGGAGCACAGCAGGCGCUAACUGAACUGGCACAGAGUCUGUGAAAAGAGGCAAAAAGGAAGCAGCAAACUGAGGCACCAUCCAAACUCCUCUCUUUUUUUUAUCUUGUUUUCUUGAGCUCAUCUACGUUUUUUUCUUCCCGUUCCGAAGCGUGGCCACGGCUGAUAAGCUUUUGGUCCCUUUCUGUGGAGGUUUGGUGUGGACAUUGCUGUGGAUUGUUGAAAGCGUUGCUGUGGAUACUGAUGGCAGGGAGGCUGCACCGAAGCCGGGGAGACGAGAGUGAACGAGCUGCUCGCCGCCGAGCAGUGUGCCGCUGAUGAAGCAGCAGAUGCACCCGAACCUGGCUAGGCAACCAUGAGAUUAUCGCCACCAAAAAAAAAAUCUUAAGUCCUAAAUUUCGGUUUUCUUCACGUUUCGUCGAUCUCUUCCUGGACUUAAUGCUGUUGUGGAUAAAAGUGGAGUUUGUAAAAAAAACGACAAGCUCAGCCAGAUGUCUAAGCAUCGUAGGUCAUGUGAUCUCUCAUGAGGGUUGGGUGAAGUGGUGAAGGGUCUAGUAGACCCUGGAGCAUCUGUUCCUGUCUUUGACUGCAUGAUUAGUGACGCUUCAAUGAGAGGAAACGAUGCGGGGAACAGUAAUCCUGGUGCAAGUCAACCCAGGUGAGGCCUUCACUAUUCGACGAGAGGAUGGUCAGUUUCAGUGUAUCACAGGUCCUGCUCAGGUUCCCAUGAUGUCUCCAAAUGGUUCAGUGCCUCCAAUCUAUGUGCCUCCUGGAUAUGUGUCACAGAUCAUAGAAGAGAACGGAGUGCGGAGGGUUCUGGUUUUACCUCAGCAACCAGAUUUCCACCCAGGGGGGCAUUCCCCUCUACACCACCCUCCACCUCCUCCCCACGCGCACCUGCCUGCCUUCAUACCGCAUCCCGCCAUGAUCCCCCCUCCACCUCACCUUUACACAGGCAUGGCAGGCGGCGUGGGCGACUUGAGCUCCCAGUACAUCUCCCAGUACCAUCCAGCUCAUAUCUUCUCAGAGCAGGUCUCUACAGAUUCUCACUCUCAACAUGGACGCCCAUCGUUUGUUCACAGAGACGACAGAACUAGCAAAACACACGAACGUCUUCAGAAGAAGCUGAAGGAGCGACAGGGUGGUGGUGGUGGAGGAGGAGGAGGAGGGCAGGUCAAGGACAGUCCCCCAUCAUCACCGCAGAAGUCCAGCAACAGCCCCCCAGUGGUGGACAUUCAAAACGGCGUUGGGGGAAAAGGGCUAGAGGCAGAGCACAGGCACAUGGUAGCCUGCUCUGAUAAGCAGAUAGGAAAAGGAAAAAAUGGAGAGUCGAGAGAGCUUGACAAAGAGGCUCAGGCGCUGCUCGCAUGUUUGAGUAACAUCAGUAAACCAGUGGUGUCGGACAUCCAGGCCAGAGGAGCGCUCGUCACCUGGAGUGAACCCACCAGGCCUGAGAGCGAGAAGAGCACAGAGGAUGACUCGCCCCUCCCAGAUCCCCUCAGCUUUGAGGUCUCCAUCUCUAUUACUGGAAAAGAUGGGAAAUACCAGAGCAAGUACUGUGGGGAAGGACUUAACGCAACUGUAGAAGACCUUCGACCAGCGACAGACUAUCACGUCAGGGUCCAGGCCAUGUGUAACUGUUUACUGGGGAGCCCGUCUGAAGCUGUGAGCUUCACCACGUUAAGCUGUGAGCCAGAUCCUCCCAGUCCUCCCAGGAAGGCCAGUGGGAACAAAAACACACUUUCACUUCAGUGGAAGGCUCCAUGCGACAAUGGAUCCAAAAUUAAAAACUACAUUCUUCAGUGGGACGAGGGGAAGGGUACAAGUGUUUUUGAACAGUGCUACUAUGGACCUCAGAAACUGUACAGAGUGACCAAACUGUCUCCAGCUUCAAGAUAUUCCUUCCGCCUCGCUGCAAAAAACGACAUGGGAGUGAGCGAGUUCAGUGAAGUGGUGGACCUGUUCACCUCAUGCAGUGUGCCAUUGCCACCCUUCCCUCCAGAGCUGGAGAUGGCAGGAGUGACCUGGCUGUGUCUGAAGUGGCAGAGGCCCAGCAGCUCACCAAAAGAAGAUGACAUCUACUACAUUUUAGAGAUGGAAGAAGAAGGCUUGGGAUAUGGCUUCCAGCCGAGCUACGACGGCGAUGAACUCUCCUUCACCGUGAGGAAUCUCCACAGGAGCACCAAGUACAAGUUUAGGGUGGCAGCGUACAACUCAGAAGGGAAGAGUAACCCCAGUCAGGUUGUGGAAUUCAUCACAAAGCCAGACAGACCCAGCUGUCCCUGCAGACCCGUCAUCAGAGGAAGAGUCCAGCCCGACAGCUUUAAAAUGGCCUGGGAGCCCCCUAAAGAAAAUGGUGGCGCUGAAGUCACAAAAUACGUUGUGGAGCUCUCAGAAGGCUUAAGUGGUUUGUCAUGGGAGCUGGCGUACUCGGGGCCAGCUCUGGAACACGUGUGUGAGGGCUUGAAGCCCGGCUGCUCGUACCAAACACGAGUUUACUGCAUAAGUGAGGGGGGGCAGAGCCCGCUGUCGGAGACCCUGCAGGUUCAGACUCCUGCUGUUCCCCCAGGGCCCUGCCAACCCCCUCGGCUGGUGGGCAAGCCCAAAGCCAGGGAGGUGCAACUGCGCUGGGGCCCACCUCAGGGAGACGGAGGAAGCCCAGUGACCUGCUACAGCGUGGAAGUGAGUGGAGCCCAGUCUGAGGAGAGCAGGGAGGUGUACCAGGGUCCAGAGCUGGACUGCUCUGUGGGAGGAUUAAUGCCUGGGAAAACCUACAGCUUCCGACUCAAAGCAGCAAAUAAGGCCGGGUUUGGGCCUCUGUCGGAGCGCUAUGAAGUCACAACAGGGCCUGGAGCACCUGAGCCGUGCAAAGCCCCUUCGACGACGUGCAAGUCUCCCAGUUGUGUUGUUGUGAGCUGGGAGGCCCCUCCUUGCAACGGAGCUCAGGUGACAGAGUUUCGACUGGAAUGGGGAGCAGCUGAAGGCAGCAUGCAGGUGUGUUACAGCGGACCCAGUGUCAGCCAUGAAAUAAAGGGGCUGCUGCCGGCUACCAACUACUUCUGUCGGGUCCAGGCUGUAAACGUGGCCGGCGUGGGGCCCUUCAGCGAGGCGGUGCUGUGCCAGACGCCCUGCUCCGUGCCAGCAGCUGUCAGUAACAUCUCCGCGCUGAAAGAGUCGGAGCUGCUGAAGUACGAGACUCCAGCAGACGAGGAGGAGGACGAGGAGGAGGACGAGGACGGCGGCUUUAGCCCGCCGCCCGUCUUCUCUCCGUCCACCUGCCUGGGUAUCUGCUGGGACCCCCCGUGUGACCACGGCUCAGAGAUCACCUCCUACCUGAUCGACCUGGGAGAGAAACAGCCCGUCGUCGUGGGCCCCGUCACCAAACACAUCAUCCAGCAUCUGCAGCCUGACACCAGCUACAGGAUCCGAAUCCAAGCCCAGAAUAGUCUGGGAACGGGACCCUUCAGUCACACCUUUAAGCUAAAGACGAAGCCCCUUCCCCCGCAGCCCCCCCGCCUGGAGUGCACCGCCUUCAGCCACCAGACCCUCAGGCUCAAAUGGGGCGACGGCCCGGCCAAAGCCGCCACCUCCGACGCCCUCCAGUAUCACCUGCAGAUGGAGGACAAGAACGGCAGAUUUAUAUCCUUGUACAAAGGACCGUGCCACACACACAAAGUCCAGAGGCUUAAUGAGUCUACCUCUUACACGUUCCGCAUCCAAGCCUUUAAUGAGGCGGGCGAAGGGCCCUUCUCCAGUGUUUACACAUUCACCACCCCACGCUCUCCUCCAGCUCCUCUGAAAGCCCCUAAAGUCGAGCGUUUGGACGACAACUCCUGCGAAGUGGCGUGGGAGGCCCUGCCGCUCAUGAAGGGGGACCCGGUUAUCUACAGCCUGCAGUGCAUGAUGGGAAACACCGAGUUCAAACAGGCAUACAAAGGUUCUGCCACAUCCUUCCACGUCCCAAACCUCCAGCCCAACAGUGACUACCGUUUCCGGGUCUGUGCUAUCAGGCAGUGCCAGGACAGCACAGAGCUGAGCGGUCCCUACAGCCCCACCGUGACCCUCCCCCCUCAGCGCAACGACGCCGCGCCGGCUGCCAGCGCCGGAUCCAGGACCAGCGCCGAGACCAACCGAAGCCGACAGAGCCUGACGGACGAGCAGUGCGCUUUCCUCCUCCUCAUGGUCUUCGCCGUCAUCGCCAUCCUCAUCGCUUUCGUCAUCCAGUACUUCGUCAUAAAAUGAGGGGUUUCCCCGCUCCGCCCAGCUGCAGGGUUAUAGCUUUAUUCUCCCCAUCUCUCUCCGUCUCUGUUGGUUUUCUAUUCUUUCGUUUUGUACUUUAACUGUUCUCCGGUUUCAACAGAGUAAUCACGUUAGCUGAAACGGCGGGGUGCAGCGAGAGGACGCGCCGGUGGGUAUCAGCUGAGAUUUAUAAAUCAAGGAUGCGGCGUCUCGUUCUGCACCUGCGAUACCUUCCGGACCCCUCUUGGCUUUUUAUCACCCCGCCCCAAGUUUGUGCUAAUAUUUCUGAUUCAUACGGAUUAGCCUCCUGUGCAGAACGGAACUCAGAAAGCAAAGUGUGGUUCAUUUUAGGGGCAGAGUUGGCAUUUAUGUUCAAAAUAUUUAAAAAAAUACAAUAUUUAUAAUCCCACGUCCGUGUAAGAAACAGUUUUUGAUAAACGUGUUCCAAAUAAAAAAAUAGUCUGUGUGCUAUUUGACUGUGGGACCUGAUGGGCCAGUGUUUGCACAGUGUGUGUUCAGACGUGUGUGUACUGUAUGUAGUUUGUGACGCAGCAGAAACGGCUGGGAGGGCUUCAGGGCUACGUGGGGGGUCUUAACUAACCCGAACCCUCACGCAGGAGUUUAAGGAGUCCAGGAAUUAAAAUUAAAAAAAAUAAAUUUAAAAAAAUCCUGCUAUAGAGCGUUCAUUUAGCACUUUCCAACCUUUUUGAUGUUCAGAAUGUUUAAGGAUGCAAAAAUGACUGGAGAAAUGUUAGUAUAUUUUUGUACAGUAAAGACACAAGGAUCUGUAGGUUUGCAAAGAUAAAAAAAAAAGAAGCUAAAAGUAUAAAGUUAGAAAACAAAAAAACUAACAGUGAAUUCUAAUUAUUUUUACUAUCAUGUAGUUAUACUGUAGCUUGUUUUUACAAUCAUGCAGCUGCUUUACUCUGAAAUAUUGUUGUUUGGCACAAAAAUGUAUGCUUUUCUUGUACGUUUUGUUUUAUUCUGUUUUUUCCCUUGGUAAUUGAUUUUUUGCACCUUAGUGGAAGAAAAUCUUGACUGACUGCUUUUUCUUUUCUUUUCUUUUUGUUGUCUUGUGAUGCAUUUUAUAGACACGUUGAGAUUGUGCAAGCCCUUUUUGGUGUUUUGGGUGUUUUUAAAAGUUGUAGUAUCACAGUACGUGUCACUGAAACGGCUAAUCUAUCAGCAGGAAGAAGAAAAAAAAAACAGGAAAACAAUAAACAGAAAAAAAAUAUGAACCAGUUGUUUCGGAGGCCUUAAUUGGAGAGAAAAACAAUGAUAUCUGGUGAUUUUUGUUUAUUUUCUUUUAAGUUUUGAUGUUUUCCUUUUUAGUGUUAGAAAACACUAAAAUGCAUUUUAUUUCCUUUUACUUUGCAGCAUUCGUUCGGUGUUAGUUAACACAUGUAAUCAUGAGAAAAAUGAAAAGUAGUUCUUUUUUUUGUUGUUGUUUUUGUCAGGUCAUACAUUCGUGAAGUAUAUUUUUUAUAAUAUUGAAGUAAUAUAAGUUAAUACUCCACAGAAGAUGAUAAAUCCUCAGUCGUCACGAAUCACAGGACACAAAUGACAUAAAAAAAUGUGUUUUCAUGCAAAUUUAAAUUUGCCUUUUUUCUCUGUACGUUGAGUAUUUGUAACAGGUUGCUUGAAGUGACUCGUCGGUGGUAAUCUGUAGUGCUGUUUGCGUCCCGGCAGGGGUCAGGCUGUGAGAAUGAAAACGCGGGUACCUUGCAAAAACGUCCGCAACAUAAUUACAUGAUUUGGUCCCAGUAGACAUUCUGCAAAUGUCUUUGUCCUUUUGAAGAAGUCAAAAGUCCUAUUUUUGAUAGUGGAUUGCAAAGUGUGCCAUUUUAACACCUCUUCACCCAAACGGUUGGAGAGAUUAACAAAAUGCUACAAAAAAAAGAGUAAAAUAUGCACAAAAAUAGACCAUUUUUAUGUAAUUUUAAUGUUUGCAGUUACCUCAUACACCGUACAUUCCAAAAAGAAAAAUUUGCUAUACUAUACAUACUACCAGACAUAUCACUUUACAAUGUUCAUUAUGGGAAAAAUGUAUAAUCAUAGAUAUGUAUCUAAAGUGUAUCUGUAUAGCCAUGAUACUUACAAAGGAUCCAUGCACAAUAAAAGAUUUAUAAUUCUUCAUCA